AUUCAUCAAACAGGUGGCGAUCUUUUUUACAUGAUUAAAAGAAAAAAAAUACGAAAGAAAAAGCCUUAGAGACUAAAAAAGGAGGCAACAAAUUAUGGUAGAAACCGCGGGUUGUUGUGGAUUACUACAAGCAUGUUGCCAUCGCCAUGACCCUCAAAAAUACAUUAUCCAAGGAGAAUUUGAGAUCGAUCGCAGUCCUUGGUUCUCCCUCUGUGCCUCUGGAUUAUCUGUUGCUGUUCGGCUUUACAGCCAAAACAUGGAUCCAACCACGAGAAAAGGGAUUGAAAGUGAGAAUGCAUAUAUAAUGGGGAAAGAGCUGGAAAGGAAAAAACAUGAAGUCUUAAAGGUGCCCACGAAAGUGAUUAAAUUCAAAUUGAAGUUCGAGGUGACGCAAGAUUUCGGGAUUCCAAGGGCUUUUGUUGUUGAAAACAGAGAUAAGAAGCAUGAGUUUUUCCUCAAAUCCGUCACAUUGCAUUACAUUAAGCAUCCAAAUCUGGAGGAACAGAAGUUUCAUUUUUAUUGCAGUUCUUGGGUUUACCCUAUCACCAAAACCGGAUUUAAACGGAUUUUCUUCUCAGAUCAAUUAUAUCUUCCGAAGAAAACGCCGGAGGGUUUAGUAGAAUUGAGAAAAAAAGAACUUCAAAAAUUGCAAGCCCCAAGACCGAAGGGUAAAUGGAACCCAUGGGAUCGAAUUUAUGAUUAUGAUGUCUAUAACAAUCUCGGAGAUCCUGAAAAUGGUCGACUGUAUGAUAGACCUGUGUUGGGUGGUUCCACUAAAUUUCCAUACCCACGUCGGUUGAAAACGGGCCAUCCUAAUUGCCAACACGACCAUUCAAGAGAGUCAGGACCAGCAAGCUGCUUCCAGUUUUAUGUUCCACCCGAUGAGCGAAUGAGCUACGAAAAACUACAAGAACUGAAAAACAACUUCGUCGAGGCUCUUAUUCGAUUUCUUGCGCCGGAAUCAACGCUCCCACACUUGUGGGAUCGAGAAUGUCCCGACUUCGUCAACAGAGUUGCACAUUUCUUUGUACCCAAGGCAGCGAUAUCGAAGAAAGAUGUUAGAUUCAUUCGAUCCAUAAUAGAUUUCUGUAGAACGCUAAAAUUACCAUCUUCUCAUGGAGGUCCCAGCAGGUCAGAUCCAAGUGAGGAACAAGACAUAUUUGAAGACAUUAUAAGCUUUUAUGCAGACAAAGAAGUGGAAGAACUGGAUAAUUCGGACAAGCAGCGGCUAGAAAAAUUGGUACCCAAGGAAAUUCUUAACCAAGUUGUUGCCACUCUUGCUCUCAAAAGACAUGAUGUCAGUGCUCAAUUGCCUUCAAUUAUAGCAGAGGAUAAAUUCGCUUGGGCUGAGGACAAGGAGUUUGGUCGCCAAAUGCUUGCAGGAGCAAAUCCUGUUCGAAUCCGGAAGUGGAAGUGGCAGGAGGCGGAUGUGUCACUUCUAAGGGAAAUUAUAGAGAAAAUGUGGGAAUAUGAUUCUGAGUCACCUAAACAUGGUGUGCUAAAGGAAAUGAAGUGGAACAAGCAGAAUUGGGAAGCUUUGUUUAAGGAAAAGUUUAACCAGCCGCAAUGGCAAGAUUUUUAUAAGGCACUGGUAAACGAUAGGGUAUUCAUCUUGGAUCAUCAGUACCUUGAGAAAUUUCUGACAAUGAUAAAUGGGAAAGGUGUUUGUGCUUACGCAACUCGAACAAUACUAAUAGCACCGGACUCAUUGCCCGUAACGCUUCAACCAGUAGGAAUAGAACUAAGCUUGCCUGGUGACUCUCCUAGAUUGGUGCUUCCACAAGAUACUCUCCUAUGGGAGUUUGCAAAAUUUCACGUUGCAUCCAACGAUACAGCUUACCACCAGUUAGUUAGCCAUUGGUUGCAGACACAUGCUGUUGUUGAGCCAUUCAUAAUUGCCACAAGGAGACAGUUGAGCGUAAUGCAUCCAAUCCAUAGGCUAUUGGAUCCUCAUUUCAAAGACACACUGCAUAUAAAUGCAUUGGCUCGAGCCAUCUUCCUUAAUGCUGGAGGGAUUCUGGAGACUCUACUUUUUACUGGUGAAUACUCCAUGGAAUUGUCUUCUCACUUGUAUAAAGAAUGGAGAUUUGAUAAGCAGGCUCUUCCUGAAGACCUUCUCGAAAGAGGUAUGGCGAAACCCGGAGUCAGAGAUGAGGUUGUGUCGGGACCAAUGGAGCAUGUCGAGAGCGACAAAUCAAGAAACAAGGCGGCGACAGGUGCAGAACAGAAGAAGUUUGAGGUUGACGCUGAGGUGGAGCUGGUUUUAGAAGACUAUCCCUAUGCAAAAGAUGGAAUUGAGAUAUGGACCGCCAUUGAAACAUGGGUGACAGAAUACUGCAAUGUUUUCUAUCUUAACGACAAUGAUGUGAAGGAAGAUGAGGAAAUCCAAGAAUGGUGGAAUGAAAUCAAAACGAGAGGACAUAAAGAUCGAACGGAGGGAUGGUACGACAUUAAUACAUUCGAAAGCCUCGUAAAAGCUCUGACAACUCUCAUAUGGAUCACUUCAGGAUUGCAUGCAGCAGUGAACUUCGGACAGUAUGGAUACGGGGGUUGGCCACCAAAUCGUCCCAUGUUAUUGAGAAAAUUCCUCCCAAGAGACGGAGAACUGGGAGAAAUGAGCUAUAUGGAGAUCAUGAAGUUCAUGGAGGAGAUGUUGCCUGAUAAGUUCCAAAUGAAGUUGGCAAUUGCGGUAAUGGAUCUUCUGUCACGACAUACAUCAGAUGAGGUUAAUUUGGGUCAAACAUCACCCCAAAAAGAGGAUCACAAGUCUAUAAUUCAGAAAAAGUUUGAAGAAUUCACGAAAAACCUUAAAGCAAUAGAGCGAAAUAUAAAGGAGAGGAAUAAAGAAUAUCUUUUAAUGAAUAGGUGGGGAGAUGCAAAGAUUCCGUACAAGCUCUUGUACCCGGAUACAUCAAAAUCCAUGCCUCCAACGUCUAAGGAGAAAAGGAAACAUCAUCCUGAGAAGGCGGAUAUUAAUGAAAUGGGAAUCCCUAAUAGUAUUUCCAUUUAAUUUUAUCAGCUAUUUUACCUAUCUUAUCCAAAAAAAAAAAAUUAAUAUUUAUAAAAAUAAUCAUAGUUCAAAAACAUUCAUCCAAAUGACUUGAAAUGAAUAGUUAAUUUGGGUUAUGAGAAUCCAA